AUGGCCGGCAACUGGAUACAGUUUUUGGCGUUAGCGCUGUUUAUCAGCGCGCAGCCAAUCUACGGCAUCCCCCGGGCAGAGGGCCACUUUGGCCCCGGUGACAGCGCUUCCACUCUGGCCUUCGUCUUCGAUGUUACCGGCUCAAUGUACGAUGACCUCAAACAAGUGAUAGAAGGCGCGUCUCGGAUUCUGGAGAAGACUUUAAAUCGGAGGACAAAACCCAUCAAGAACUUUGUCUUGGUACCUUUCCAUGAUCCAGACAUCGGUCCCGUGUCCAUCACCACUGACCCUAAGAAGUUCCAGAGGGACCUUCAGGAUCUGUUUGUUCAGGGUGGAGGGGAUUGUCCAGAGAUGAGUAUCGGGGCGAUUAAGAAGGCUCUGGAGGUGUCUCUGCCCGGCUCCUUCAUCUACGUGUUCACAGACGCCCGCGCCAAAGACUACCGCCUCAAACGCGACGUCCUGCAGCUGGUGCAGCUCCGCCAGUCUCAGGUGGUGUUUGUGCUGACCGGAGACUGUGGCGACCGCACCCAGCCCGGUUACAGGGCCUACGAGGAGAUCGCCGCCACCAGCUCAGGACAGAUCUUCCACCUGGACAAGCAGCAGGUCAACGAGGUGCUGAAAUGGGUGGAGGAGACGGUGCAGUCGAUGAAGGUGCACCUGCUCUCGUCGGACCACGAGCAUGCGGAGGAGAACACGUGGGAGUUGCCCUUUGACCCCAGCCUCAAAGAGGUCACCGUGUCGCUCAGCGGCCCUGCGCCCCUCAUCCAACUCCGAGACCCCCUCGGUCACAUGGUUGGUGAACACCAGGGGCUGACGGAACUCCUGAAUAUCCCAAACUCCGCCCGAGUGGUCAAUCUGAAGAACCCACGACCAGGUGCAUGGACACUAAAGGUGGGCUGUGCCGGGCGACACACACUCCGUGUGACUGGGGUCAGUAGCCUGGACUUCAGAGCAGGAUUCUCCAGCGUCCCUGUGUCCGAAUUCAACCACACCAGAGAGAGGCCCAUCAAAGGUCUGCCCACUCACGUGCUGCUGAAGUGCUCGGGUCUGACCCCCCCGGGGCUGAUCACACACACGGAGCUGGUGUCGGCGGGCGGGCGCUCUCUCCGCACCCUCCCCGUGCCCCUGCCCGCUGACCGCGGCUCCGGUGGCCUCUGGAGCAUCCCGGAGUUCCGCACGCCCUCCCAGAGCUUCUUCAUGAAGGUGUGCGGGAAAGAUGCCGACGGGUUCCCCUUCCAACGCCUCUCCACCGUGUCCUACACAAACAUCAUCCCAGUGCCCCCCUCUGUGAGCAUGCCUGCGGUGGUGCGAGGGUUCUACAUGCAGCCUGCGCUGCUCAGCUGCUCAGUGGACAGCGACGUUCCGUUCCGGCUCCGCUUCACCCGAGAUGGAGUCACUCUGGGACAGGAGAAGCCCUUCCAGUCCUCUGGCAAAGCAUCAUGGGAAAUCCCGUACGCGUCCGGCAACGAUGAGGGCUUCUACGAGUGUGUGGCCCAGAGUACUGCUGGCACCGGACGAGCCAUCACACAACUCACCGUCACAGAGCCUCCUCCGGUGUUGCGUCCGGCGGUGAACGUGUCGGUGUCGGUGGGGGGCGUUGCCGUGCUGCGUUGCCAGGUGGAGGGCUCCAUGCGCUACAACCUCACGUGGCUGAGAUCCGGCGCGGUUCUGGCCCAGCGCUCGGGCCGGGUCCGCCAGCGACCGGACGCCUCGCUGGAGAUCAGCGCCGUGACGGCGCAGGAUGCCGGCCAAUACCAGUGCGUGGCCACCAACUCCCACGGAGACAGCCGCAUCAACGUCUGGCUGCUGGUGCCAGAGGCCCCGCGUGUGGAGGUGAGGCCCCAGGAGCAGAGCUUCACGCUGGGCUCGGAGGUGACCCUCUCCUGCUCCGCCUCUGGCUCUCCUCCACCAAAGCUCUUCUGGAGCCACGGGAACAUAUUCAUCAGCCGCAACUACAGGAUGAGCGUGUCCGAGCGCGGAACCCUCACCAUCAGACACGCCGUGGCCGAGGAUGCUGGGAACUACACCUGCCUCGCCACCAACGAGGCUGGCACUGCCAGCCAGUCCACCUACCUCACCUACGCAGAGAAGCCGCGUGUGACUGCAGUGCACUCCACUGUGCUGGUGGAGUCGGGGGGAGACGCCAUCCUCCAGUGUAGCGCCAGCGGGACCCCCCCACCCCUCAUCCACUGGUACAAAGGUGAUCUGGACCUGGGCGAGGUGGCGUUUGCAGAGCAGGAUGUGCGGAGUGGUGAGCUGCGGAUCAGAGGGGUGCAGGAGCUGGACGCUGGACAGUACACCUGUGUGGCCAGCACACCUGCAGGAACCACCUCCGCAUCCGUGCACCUGGAGGUUGGAGUGUCCCCCCAGUUCUCCGAGGCUCCUCUGGACAUGGCGGUGGACGUGGGGGAGAACGUUACACUGCUGUGUGUCGCCCGCGGUGUCCCAGUUCCCACGGUAACGUGGCGUCGUGGAGACGGCCGUGUCAUCUCUACCAAACCAGGCGCCCAUGGCAACGACCUGCAGCUGGCAUCCAGAGUUCUGCAGAUCCAGAGUGUGUGGCUGGAUGAUGAAGGCGUGUACACCUGUGAGGCUGGGAACCCGCUUGGAUCCAUCAGAACCGAAGCCAGAGUCUCUGUCACUGGUGUCGCUCCAGUCAGCACUACCGUGAUUGGUCAGUCCCUGACUAUCCCUUGCAUGCUAUUGGACGGCGUGCCACUUCCUGAAAGGGUCUGGACACAUAACGGACAACAGGUGGAGUUCAGUAGUCGAGUGUUCCUCCGCAGUGACGGGAGUCUGCAUGUGGAGAGGGCCGCUGCAGAGGAUUCUGGGACGUAUGUGUGCACUGCCAUAAACGUGGCCGGAUCAGCAAACAUCUCCGUCAUGCUGGAGGUUCAUGUGCCUCCGGAGGUCACCCAGGGGCCCGUGCACUACAUCGCCAACGAGGGCGUGGCCAUCUCCCUCUCCUGCGUGGCCAGAGGAGUACCACAGCCAACCCUGCUCUGGGCCAAGGGAAGAGACCCCGUCCCCCCCCAGGGUUCGGCGCUGCGCUGGGCCCCCGAUGGCGAGCUCCACAUCCCGAGCCCCAGCACGCGGGACGCAGGGGUGUACGUGUGCACCGCCACCAGCCCCGUGGGGUACGCCAGCCGAGAGGUGCAGCUCAGCGUCAACACGAAGCCCAAGAUAGCAGGAGUGGACGAGCAGCAGAAGCCAGUCAAGAUGGCCGCCGAGGUAGGGUCAGAGGUCGUGCUGCCGUGUGAGGUGGAGGGAAGCCCGACCCCAUCGGUCACCUGGAGCCGCAACGGCCACCCCAUCCCUCCCGUCACCGCGUGGUUCACUGUUCUUCCAUCUGGCUCUCUGAAGAUCAUGGAUGUGCGCGUGAUUGACAGCAAGAUGUACACCUGCUCUGCAGCCAACCCAGCUGGCAACGUGUCCCUCACCUACAAUUUACAAGUUCAAGCGAAACCGCGGAUCCAGGCGGCGCCCUCAUCACUGAAGGCCCUGAUUGGCCAGACGGUGGUUCUGCCGUGCGUGGUCCAGGGGGAACCGAGGCCCGAGAUCACAUGGUUCCACGACGGAACCGUGGUGGGCCACCAGAACACGCUGAAGAUCACGGCGGUCACACACUCGCACAGCGGAACAUACCGCUGCGUGGCCAAGAACAGCGCUGGGCAGGAGUCCAUACACACCACCCUGGAGGUGCUAGAGGCUCCACACUUUGAAGAGAAGGGAGAGGUCAUCAUCGAGAGGGUCGCCCACAGCCCAGUCACCAUCCCUUGCCCUGCCCGAGGAGAGACACUGAGCCUCACCACGCAGGAGACACUGGGCCCCACCACGCAGGAGACACUAGGCCUCACCACGCAGGAGACACUGGGCCUCACCACGCAGGAGACACAGGGCCUCACCAUGCAGGAGACACAAGGCCUCACCAUGCAGAAGACACUGGAGACACAGUCUUUCACCAUACAGGAGACACGUUCUCCUCAGCCAAUGGUGCGCUGGUUUAAGAAUGGCCUGGAAGUCCAGCACAGCCAAUCAGAGCUGGGCAUCAGCAUCACCCCGGAGGGCUCGCUGCUGAUUGGCUCCCUGUCUGCCAGUCACAGCGGAGACUAUAAGUGUGUGGCCACCAAUGAGGCAGGCUCGGUGGAGAGGAAGACCCGCCUUAAAGUUAUCGUCCCCCCAGAGAUCCAGGAUGAUGGGCAGCCCCUGAACCUGACGGUGACCCAGAAGCAGCCUCUCACGCUGGGCUGCGACGCCUUCGGCAUCCCCUCACCCUCCAUCACCUGGACCAAAGACGGCAAACCUGUGGUCCAGACCCCGGGGGUGUACCUGCAGAAUGGGAACAGACUUCUGCGGAUCUAUCGGGUCCAACCGGAACACGCAGGCCGGUUCUCCUGUACGGCGCAGAACCCAGCAGGGGAGACACGCAGGGACUACAACAUAGACGUGCAAGGUUCUGGAGGGGUGCAGGAUGUGUCUGUGGUGGUGGACCAGCAGGUGGAGAUGCAGUGCCGUGUGAGUGGGAAGCCCCUGCCCAGAGUGGAGUGGACCCGGGAUGGAGACGGUGACCCUCAUGUGGAGUUCCUGGAGGAGGGGCAGGUGCUGCGGGUGAAGGCGGUGCGUGUGAGAGACCAGGGCCUCUACCAGUGUGUGGCCACCAACAACGCAGGAGCACAGACACGCCAGUUCAGACUCACCGUCCAGGAGGCUCCGUCCAUCCGGGGCGCGGCGGAGGCGGAGGCGGAGGAGGUGUCGGUGGUGCUGGGCUUCCCCGCGGUGCUGCGCUGUGAGGCGGAGGGGGCUCCGCGGCCGAGCAUCACCUGGCUGCGGGACGGCCUGCCGCUGGUGUCCAGCCCCCAGACCACCUACCUGCGCGGCGGGCAGGAGCUGCGGCUGGGCGCUAGCCGCGCGGGCGACGCCGGGUCCUACACCUGCCGCGCCACCAACCCGGCGGGCACCGCACACCGCCUCUACACGCUCGGCAUUCUGGUUCCUCCUCAGAUUGAAGGUGGGGACUCGUCGGUGUCGGUGACGUUCGGCCGCAGGGAGGAGAAGGUUCGCAUCAACGGAACCCUCCAGCUGUCCUGCCUGGCCAAGGCCUUCCCUGAGCCCACCACCCAGUGGUUCAAAGACGGACAGCUGGUGAAGGGUGCGUCUCACCCCGGCCUGCGUGCGGACGAUCACCUGUUGCACCUGGAGAAUGCAGCUCUGACGCACGAGGGACAGUACACCUGUGUGGUCACUAACCCCGCCGGAGAGGACAAGAGGGACUUCCACGUCACCAUACAGGUGCCCCCCAUCUUCCAGCGCGUGAGUAACGGCGUGCUGGGCUGGUCUCUGGGUGAGGAUGAGGAUGAUGAAGGGGAGGCGGUGGUGGAGCAGAGGGAGGUGGUGCUGGGUCACCCCGUCACACUCACCUGCGAGAGCAACGCCAUCCCCCCUCCCCAGCUCAGCUGGUACCGCCACGGGCACAAGCUCACCAGCGCAGACGGAGUCGUACUGCUACCGGGGGGUCAGACGCUGCAGAUUCCUCGUGUGCAGCUGGAGGAUGCUGGGAAAUACACGUGUGAGGCGGUGAACGAGGCCGGAGAGGACAGCAUGACCUUUGACCUGGAAGUACUCGUUGCCCCGGUGAUCUCCAGCCAAUCGGAGGAGUUUGUGGAGGAGGUGAGUGCGGUGGCCAACAGCACGGUGGUGCUGCGGUGUGACGCCACAGGUAACCCAGCGCCCAGCAUCUCCUGGCUCAGGGACGGGCGGCCGCUCUUCGGAGGAGACCACCACCAGAUACUGGAGGAUGGAGCAGCACUGGAGCUCCUGGGUGUGCAGGUGUCGGACAUGGCCGGAUAUCUGUGUGUGGCAGAGAACAAGGUGGGUGCUGUGGAGAAGCUCUUCAGCCUGUCUGUGCGAGUUCCGCCAAAGAUGAUUGGCCAGAAGGAGGAGGAAGUGAGUGUGGUGGAGGGUCACAUGGUGUCGUUGCUAUGCGACGUGCAGGCGUACCCCCCACCUGAGAUCACCUGGACACGAGACGGACAGGUGCUCCAGUUCAGCACCGGGAUGCACAUACUACCAGGUACACACACGCUUCAGCUACCACGGGCUCGUAAGGAGGACGCUGGUCAGUAUGUUUGCACAGCCACCAAUUCAGCUGGACAGGACCAGAAGAGCAUCCUGCUCAACGUCUACGUUCUCCCGUCCCUGGCGCCGCGCCCUGAGUAUGAGUCAGAGGUCAUGACCCCUCAGGUGGGGUCAACGGUGUCGCUGAGCUGCGAGGCCCAGGGCACACCGGCACCCGAGGUCACAUGGUACCGCAACGGCCUCCAGCUCGCCCCCGGCAACGGCCUCAAGAUAGAGCGCCACCGUCUGGACAUCCAGGGAAUACAGGUGGCUGACGGGGGGCUGUACACCUGUAAGGUGUCCAAUGUGGCCGGCCAUGCGGACCGCGCCUUCAGAGUCACAGUACACGUGCCCCCGGUGCUGGAGGGUCCUCUGCACGAGUCGCUCACCCAGACGCUGGGCACCCACGUCAGCCUGCUGUGUGAGGCCACUGGCGUACCUGUGCCCAGCGUCACAUGGCUCAAGGACGGCACGCCCAUCGAGAGCAGUCUCCAGUGGCAGUGGUCAGUUCGGGGCAGCAGGUUGGAGCUGGGUCCUCUGCAGCUCUCCCACGCCGGCACAUACACCUGCGUAGCCAAGAACAACGAGGGACAGACACAGAAGGACUACGCCCUCACUGUACAGGUGUCCCCCAGCAUCCUGGACUCUGGGCGUCCGUCUGAUGUGAGUGCGCCCGUAGGGGAGGAGUUGACUCUGGAGUGCCGGGCCAUGGGCACCCCCACGCCACAGCUCAGCUGGCUCAAGGACGGCACCGCACUGGACAGCUCGGACGCAGGACACCUCAGUAUCUCACCAGAUGGGGGCGCCCUGACUCUACUGAGCCUACGACCAGAGGACUCUGGGACGUACACGUGCCUGGCUGUGAGCCCGGCCGGACAGGAGAGCAAGAUCUACUCCCUCUUCGUCAUGGUACCCCCGUCCAUCAGCGGGGAGAGCAGCAGUCCCCGUGAGCUGCAGGCCACUCAGGACAGUGUGGUCACUCUGGAGUGCCAGACGGCCGGGAACCCGCCGCCCCAGAUCAGCUGGCUCAAGAACGGACGCCCACUGGCCCUGUCCCCACGCACACGCCUCCUCAGCAGAGACUCUGUAGUCAGGAUCUCUCCGGUGCAGCUGUCUGAUGCAGGUGUGUACACCUGUGUGGCCCGCAGUCGGGCUGGUCAGGACCAACUGAACUUUGACCUGCAGGUUCAAGUCCCUCCAGGUGUGGACCAUGUGGAGCCUACGGAGCAGGUGACGGUGGUGUCGGGGUCUCAGGUGACGCUCACCUGUGAGGCGCGUGGCGUGCCCCCGCCCACUCUCACCUGGCUGAAGGACGGCCAGCCGCUCUCGCUGCAGCGCAACCUGCUAUUGGACGGCCAGGAGACGCGCUUCCAGCUGCCCCUCGUGCGAUUGGCCGACGCCGGACUCUACAGCUGCGUCGCCUCCAACCAGGCGGGGUCCAGCACCAAGACCUUCAACCUCACCGUGCUGGAACCCCCACGUAUCUCGGGCUCGUCGUCCCCGGAGGAGAUGCUGGUGGCGGUGGACAGCGUGCUGGAGCUGGAGUGUGUGGCCGAGGGCGUCCCCCCUCCCUCCCUGAGCUGGCUGAAGGACGGCCGACCCCUGGGGGAGAGAUCUGACCUCAUCCAGAGGGGGGGGCAGCUCCUCAGGAUCAAUAAAGUGCAGGUGGAGGAUGCAGGCCUGUACACCUGUCUGGCCUCAAGUCCAGCUGGGGAGGACGGCAGGAAUCACUGGGUCAGAGUCCAAGUUCCGCCCACCCUGCUCGGCUCGGAUGAUGUCAGAGUGGUCACCGUGCCGAUAAAAGGUCACCUGACCCUGGAGUGCCAGACGGACGGAGACCCGCCCCCUAUGAUCGAGUGGCACAAGGACGAGGCCAAGCUGCAGCCGGGCGGUCGUAUCCAGAGCAUCGCUGGCGGUCAGAUCCUGGAGAUUGCGGACGUGCGGGCGGAGGACAGCGGCCAGUACAGCUGCAUGGUGACCAACAUCGCCGGGAGCAACAGCCUCUUCUUCACCGUGGAGAUCUUAUUGCCUCCGGUCAUCAGAGAGGGCAGCUCAUUGGUCACGGCACAUGUCAAUCAGGAUGCUGUCCUACCGUGCGAGGUGGAGGACGGGACGUCUCCGUCAGUGAUCUGGAGGAGGGACAGCGGUCCACUGGCGCUAGGCAACGGCAGGUACACUCUGCUGUCCGAGGGCUCUCUGCGUAUCGAGUCUGUCCAGGUGAGCGACGCAGGCAGGUACUACUGCACAGCCUCCAAUGCAGCAGGCUCAGACCACCGGGGCAUGGACCUCAGAGUGUAUGUUGGCCCCUCCAUCAGUCCGGGGCCCCUGAAUGUGACGGUGACGUCGGGCCUGCGUGCCGUGCUGAGCUGUGAGGUCACAGGUGCACCUGCUCCCAGCGUCACCUGGAGGAGGAACGGAGCGCCACUCAACACCGACCUCACCUCAGGGACCUACAGACUGCUGUCCUCUGGCUCUCUGGUGCUGCUGGCGCCCUCUGAGGACGAUGAGGGCUACUUCGAGUGUGUGGCCGACAACGAGGCCGGAGAGGAGCGCAGGGUCAUAGAGGUCAUCCUCCAAGUGCCCCCGACCAUCGAGGAUGAUGUCACCACGGUGACGGCCGUUAAGAUGUCUGCCGUGGUUCUGCCCUGCCAGGCCGCGGGCCGCCCGCAACCCUCCGUCAGCUGGACCAAGAGCGGCGCUCAGCUGGGCACACGAGGGGGUAGUCACCGGGUCCUGCCCACGGGUGCUCUGGAGAUCACUGCUAGUCUCCCAAGCCAUGCGGGGAGGUACACCUGUGCAGCCCACAACCCUGCAGGUGUGGCCUACAAGCAUGUCACCCUCAGCGUGCAAGAGCCUCCAGAGGUGCGGCCCAUGGCGGAGGAGGUCCAGGUGGUGCUGCACCAGGGUGUGGUCCUGCCCUGUGAUGUCACAGGCUUCCCCCGACCCUCCAUCACCUGGCAGAGGGAGGGCGUUCCCUUGGCAACCGGGCACCGGAUGGCGGUUCUGUCCAAUGGAGCCCUCAAGUUCUCUCGGGUUACCCUGGGCGAUGCCGGAACCUACCAGUGCCUGGCUCAGAACGCAGCGGGCACCGCCGUGGGUAGAGUACGUCUGGUGCUGCAAGUGCCCCCGGUGCUGAGUGUCCCGCGGCCGGACUACACGGCUGUGCUGGGCCAGCCUGCCACCCUGGAGUGUGGUGCGGACGGGCAGCCUCCCCCCGAGGUGAGCUGGCACCGGGACCGCCGCCCCCUGGUGGACGGCACGCACCUGCGCGUCUUCGCCAACGGAACCCUGCGCAUCACGGCCGUCCAGCGCAGCGACGCGGGUCUCUACACGUGCUCCGCACACAACACCGCCGGCAGGGCCAGCCAUGACGUCAGACUCAUCAUCCAGAUCCCGCCCAUGAUUCCUGUUGGCCAGUCGGAGCUGUCAGUCAUCCAGGGUUUCCAGGCGCUGUUGCCAUGCGCCGCUCAGGGACAGCCGGAGCCGCGGGUCACCUGGGAGAAGAGCGGCCUCCUGGUGCCCAACCUGCCCGGGAAGUUCACCACGCUCCGCUCAGGAGAACUCAUCAUCGAGAGGGCUGAGCCUGGCGACACAGGUGUGUUUACCUGCGUGGCCACCAACGCCGCUGGCUCGGCCCGGCAGGACAUCCAGCUGUGGGUCAACAUGCGGCCGGCCUUCAAAGAGCUGCCCGGAGACGUCACGCUCAACCGGGGGCAGCCGCUCAGCCUGUCCUGCCACGCCCAGGGCACUCCCUCACCCAGCAUCACCUGGACGUUCAACAACAGCCCACUUACAGGGGUGACGGUGGACGAGUCUGGCCGCAGCUCGCUGCUGGUGGAGAACGUGACGGCGGCUGACGCGGGCACCUACGUCUGCGUGGCGGAGAACAGCGUGGGCAGCAUACGGGCGCUGGCCUUCGUGCGGGUCAGAGAGCCCCCGUCGCUGCGCGGGGAGGCGCACACGUCCCAGCUGGUUCCGCAGGGCGGGGCGGUUCUGCUGGACUGUGCCGUGCGAGGUGACCCGGUGCCCGCGCUGCGCUGGUUCCGAGAUGGACGGCCGCUCCUGGGCUCCAUGAGACUCCACCCCCUACGCAACGGCUCAUUGGCCAUCUACAGCGUCACGAGUGGAGACUCUGGGGAGUAUCGGUGUGUAGCAGAGAGUGAGGCUGGUGUGGCGGAGAGGACCAUCUCUCUCAAAGUUCAAAUCCCUGGAGGAUACUCCAGCUGGCAGUCCUGGAGCCCUUGUAGUGUCAGCUGUGGGCGGGGCAUCCAGGAGCGAAUCAGAUUGUGCAACAGCCCAGCUCCAGCCAAUGGCGGGCCUCCAUGUGAGGGCCCUAGUGUGGACUCCAAAGCGUGCCAGGCCUCUCUGUGUCCAGGGGAGUCUCCUCGGCGUGCGCGGGGCAGUUUGAUCGGCAUGGUGAACGAGCGGGAGUUUGGUGUGGCCUUCCUGGAGGCCAACAUCACAGAGAACCCUGAGGAGGGCACCAGCACACUGCAGGCCCACGUGGACAACAUCCCCCCCAGCGUGGGUCCUCUCCUGCGUGUGCUAGUGUCCGUGUUUGCCCCCAUCUACUGGACCACAGUGCACCAGACGGAGGAGACCAUGAACGGCUACUCACACACUCAGGGCAACUUCAGACAGGAGUCUCAGCUGGAGUUCGAUACUGGGGAGAUCCUGAAGCUAACACAUGUUGCUCGAGGCCUUGACUCUGAGGGGGUGCUCCUGGUGGACAUAGUCAUCAAUGGCUACCUGCCCCCCACACUGGCCACCUCACACCUCACCCUACAGGAGUUUGACGAGUCGUACGUGCAGACGGGCGCCGGGCAGCUGUACGGCUGGUCGUCCCAGAGCCACCGGCGCGGAGACGGAGACGGAGACGGGUCUCCCCUGGCGCUGCGCUGCAACCACACGCUGGCCUUCGAGGGGCCCGACGACUCCGAGCGCCGGGGACCCCUGCUGCAGCUGCUCCGCCUCUCCGCCCUCAGCGGCGGCUACAGCACGCUCACGCUCAGCCUGGACUUCCAGAUGACCGCUACGCUAAUGCUGCCAGGAUACAGCAUGCUAACGCUCAGCCUGGACUUCCAGAUGACCGCUACGCUAAUGCUGCCAGAUGGUGAUGGAGAGUCGUGCCCCAAUGGGUUUGAGCUGGACACAGCUUCAUACUGCACUGACGAGGACGAGUGUGCUGUAGGGUCUCCCUGCUCUCACUCCUGCAACAACAUCAUGGGCGGAUUCUCCUGCACCUGCCCCACCGGAUUCUCCAUCUCCCCCAAAUCACACACCUGCCAAGACAUUGACGAGUGUGGCCAGGGCUCGCACAUGUGCCACUACAACCAGCUGUGUGUGAACACCGUGGGCACCUACCGCUGCCAGGCCCGCUGCGGACCCGGCUUCAAGCCCGGCGGAACCGGAACCGGCUGCGAGGAUGUGGAUGAGUGUAAGGAGUCGGCGGUGUCGCCAUGCCAACACCAGUGCCUCAACACACUGGGCUCGUACCGCUGCGCCUGUCACACGGGGUACCAGAUGUCUGGGCAUCGUUGUCUAGACAUCAAUGAGUGCAUGAGAAGCGUGUGUCCAGCCAAUCAGCAGUGUCGGAACACAGAAGGCGGGUACCAGUGCUUUGACAGCUGCCCCGCUGGCAUGACGUCCGCCGAGGACGGAUCCUGCGCGGACAUUGAUGAGUGUCAGGACGGCAGUCACAUGUGCCGCUACAGCCAGAUCUGCCAGAACACAGUGGGAGGCUACGGGUGUGUGUGUCCCAGAGGGUACAGCUCACAGGGGGUCGGCCGCCCAUGCCUAGACAUCGAUGAGUGCCUGCAGAACCCCAGCCCUUGCGCCCACCAAUGCCGCAACGUUCCGGGCAGCUUCCGGUGCCUGUGCCCGCCUGGCACGGUGCUGCUGGGCGACGGGCGCUCGUGUGCGGGGCUGGAGCGCGGGCACACGCUGCGUAACGGAACGCGGGUGCGGGUGCCCCUGCGGCCCCAGCUGGUGUCUACGCUGGGCAGACCCUACCUGCCCAGGGUGGCGCUGGUGCCCGAGCGCCAACACAGCUCACGGAGCCCGCGCCACGGCUGCCCAGCCGGAUACACCAGCCAGGAUGGCACCUGCGUGGAUAUUGAUGAGUGUGCCCAGAGGAAGCCAUGCCAACAUGAGUGCAGGAACACCGUGGGUAGCUACCGCUGCCUUUGCCCGCCCGGGUACCAACUUAUGCCCAACGGACGCACCUGCAAAGACAUCGAUGAGUGUGCCGUCCAAGGGGUCCAGUGUGGGCUCAAUCAGAUGUGCUUCAACACACGCGGGGGCUACCAGUGCCUGGACACACCCUGCCCUGCCUCCUACCGCCGCGGAGGAACACCGGGGACGUGCUACCGGCCGUGCUCCCGUGUGGACUGCUCGGCGGGCGGCUCUCCUCUGCUGCUGCAGUACAAGCUGCUGACCCUCCCUCUGGGCAUCCCGUCCAGCCACAGCGUCGUGCGCCUCUCCGCCUUCUCCGAGGCCGGAACGCUGCAGGAGCGCACCUCCUUCCGGCUCCUGGAGCAGAGCUCCGACGACGGCAGCCGGCCGUUCGGGAUCCGGGACGAGGGCGGCCGCGGGAUCCUGUUCACGCUGCGGCGCCUGGAGCGGCCGGGACUGGUCAAGCUCAGGGUGCAGGCCACCACGCUGGGGGAGCAGGGCCGAGUCACCUACCAGAGCAUCUUCAUCAUCUACAUCUCCAUCUCCACCUACCCCUACUGA